AUGAUGGCCGAGGAAAGCCGGCGCGUGGCGCGGAGCCGCAUCGCGAACCAGAAAGAGCUCCGGAAGCAGCUGCAGCGUCCGCCGCAAGUGCUUCUGAGCGACGCGAAUCAAGAAUUCAUUCUGGGACUGCUGGAAGAGCAGAAUUUCUCGCUGAAGGAAUUCGAUCCGGAGCAUGUUUUGGCGGGCGAAGAAAAAGAAUCGCUUCGCAAGCGGCUCUGCGAGUUGGGGUUUCCGGCUCCCGCGGUGGACGCGAGUUUGGAAGUCGGCAAAUCAUUGGACGCCUGCAUUGAGUGGCUCUGCAUGAAUUUACCCGAUCAUAAACUCCCCAAGCAAUUCCGAGCCACCGGAAACCAGAUCCGAAUGAGCGUUUCGACGCGAUUCUCCAUCGAAGAUGCGAUCGCCAGCGCCGGAUUUGAGGCACAGAACGACGCCAACAAGCCGUUCGAAGCGAACUUGAUCGCGGUCGUGCAGUCGAUCCUUCCCUCCUUCCAGCCUCCCAAUGAAACCGAAACGCCCAGCAUGGAAAACGUGGAAACGGAGAUCUCGUCGCUGCAGCUCAUCUUCAACCUCGAGGGCGAAACUCCCAAAAUCACGGUCCUGGAGAAGGAAAACGUGCAGUGCGUCCGCUUUCUCCACCCGAACGGCUCGCUUCUCUUCUGUUUCUCGCCGCAGCUCGGCUAUCCGAGCCGGCCGCCGCUCGCGUUGCUUUGCUUCCCCGCGCUGGCGGCUUCGGUACGUCGCGCGUUCACCAAACUGAUUUAUUCGGAGUAUGAAACGCGCUGCGAAGGCGUUCUCUACGAGAUUGUCACGGAUCUCGACGAGUUAGUCAGCAAGGCGAGGGAAUCCGCGACGGAGGAGGUGAAACAUACGACGAUCCGCAGAGAAAAACCCGUUCACUCGCCUCCCAAACCGGUCGAAUCCAAGCCUCGUCACCCGCGAAAUCGCGUGCUGGACAAGUCCAUUCUGUUCGGCUCGCCGUCAGCUCGCGUGAGCGAGCAGCGCGCUUCGCUGCCCAUCACGAACUACAAAGCGAAGGUGCUGGAUAUGAUCGAACACAACCAGGUCAGCAUCGUUUCAGGCGGAACGGGCUGCGGAAAAUCGACGCAGGUUCCGCAGUUUUUGAUGGAAGCGUUCCGCGAAAGCGAUCAGAAGGAUCUGAAUAUCGUGGUCUGCGAGCCUCGACGUGUGUCUUGUCUCGGUUUGUAUCUUCGCGUGAUCGAGGAGCAGGGAUUCGUUGCAGGGAAUCAGUGCCCAGUGGGCUAUCAAGUGCAGGGCGACGUGAAAGUGAAUCGAAACACGGUGCUGACGUACUGCACGACGGGAGUGCUGCUCCGACGAUUGCAGCACGACUCUCCGAAAGGAAUCACGCACAUUAUCGUGGACGAAAUUCACGAGCGAAGCGUGCUCUCCGAUUUCCUCCUCUUUUUGCUCAAGCGAAUUCUUCGGUCAAAUUCGGACAUUCGAAUCAUUUUGAUGUCCGCCACGCUGAACGAAACGCUCUUUUCGGAUUAUUUCGGAGGCAUUCCGAGUCUUUCGGUGGAAGGCCGUCUCUACAAGGUGGAAGAGCGUUAUUUAGACGACAUCAUUUUCGACACACACUACACUCCCCACGAUUUCAUUAAAAUGGACAGCGAAAGUGUUCGCGUUUCCGCCGAUAUGGAGGCGAUGAUCAGCGAAUGGAACGAGAAGUACCAGGAUUUCUACAUCAUUCCGCACAUCAUUCGCUACAUCUUCAACUCCGAAUCGCCGUGGACCGGCGGCGUCGUUCUCGUCUUCUUAUCCGGCGUCGCCGAGAUCAAAACGGUCGGCCAGCUCGUGCUCGAAGCCUUCGCGAACUCGCCGCUCGCCGUGGAAGUGAUCGCUUGCCACGGAUCGCUCAGCACGCAAGAGCAGCACCGUGUCUUCGAGGAGAGUCGCUCUGGCUAUCGCGUCGUUCUCAGCACCAACAUCGCGGAAACCUCCAUCACCAUUCCCAAUUGUCGCUACGUCAUCGACUCCGGCCGCGAGAAGCGCCUCGUUUUCAACCCCCUCAGCAACCUUUCCGAGAUGAAGGAGGUCUGGGUAUCCCAGGCCUCCGCCGAGCAGCGUAAGGGCCGCGCCGGCCGCGUCCGCAGCGGCUUCGUCUUCCGCCUGUUCACGCGCUCGCAGUUCCGCCGGAUGGAGCCGUUCACUCCCCCCGAAAUGCUCCGCUCCCCGCUCGAGUCGCUCUGUCUGCAGACGCUCCGCAUGCAGCUCGGCGACCCGCUCGCCGUCCUGCGUGGCUGCAUCACGCCGCCCUCCGCCGACAGCGUGCAGCGCGCCCUCGAAACGCUCGAGGAGAUCCAGGCGGUCGUGCGGACGCCGGCCGUCGCGCUGACGCCGCUGGGGAACCAUCUCGCCGACCUCCCGCUGGACUGCCGCCUCGGGAAGAUGCUGAUCUUCGGGUGUCUGCUGCGCUGCGUGGACGCCGUGGUGACGAUCGCGGCGUUUCUGUCGCAGCGGUCGGUGUUCCGCGCGCCGAUGGAGAAGCGGGACGAAAUGAUGGCGCGGAAGCGGCGGUUUGUGCAUCGGUUCAGCGAUCAUAUCACGCUGCUGCGCGUGUUCGAGGAGUGGCGCGGCGCGAAGAACAAGCGCGAGUUCUGCCGCCAGAACUUCAUCAACUUCGAAUCGAUGCAGACGGUGGCUUUGACGCGCAAACAGUACUUCGAGGAGCUCGCCAAUAUCCACUUCUUGCCGAGCGGGUAUGCGCUGAACGACCCGGUGUUCAACGCGAACGGAAGCAACGAGAACGUGCUGAAAGCGGCGAUCACCGCGGGACUGUACGCGAACGUGGUGAAGAUCGAGAAGAAGGUCAAGUUCCACCGCACCAUCGAGGGAGGAUCGUUCGAGUCCACGCCGCUGGCGAAGGAGUAUCGGAUGUAUAUCCGGAGGGAAGUGCCCGGAGGCGAGGUGCAGCAUGGAUUGACGCGCGUGUUCAUCCACCCCUCGUCGAUUAACUUCGUGGAGCAGGAGUAUAAAUGCCCGUAUUUGGUGUAUACCACGGUGGUGAAUACCAGCAAGAUCUUUAUCAACGACUCCACGGUGGUGACGCCCUAUGCGAUUCUGCUGUUCGGCGGACCCAUCGAUGUGCAGCACUUGCAGGGAACCAUCUCGGUGGACAAGUGGAUCGAGUUCUCGGCGCCCGCGCGCGUAGCUGUGCUGAUCAAAGGACUGCGGGGCUACAUGGACCGUCUGCUUCUUGAGAAGUUCAAUCAGCCCGAGGAGUCCAUCGUGAACGAUCCAGUGAUGGAAGGCAUCUGCAAACUACUAACAACGAAUGGGAUUUGA